AUGACACAGCUGCAGUUUAAAGAUGCAUUUUGGUGCAAGGAGUUCACCUUCCACACUGGCUACGAGGUACUCAUACAGCGGCUGUUGGAUGGGAGGAAGAUGUGCAAAGAUGUGGAGGAUUUGCUCAAGCAGAGAGCACAAGCAGAAGAGAGAUAUGGGAAAGAACUGAUUCAAAUCGCCCGAAAAGCAGGAGGUCAAACAGAAAUCAACACACUGAAGGCAGCAUUUGAGAGGCUCAAGCAACAAAUUGAAAGUGUUGGAAACUCUCAUAUCCAGCUGGCAGCAAUGCUGAAGGAUGAACUGAAAGGAAUAGAGGAGUUCCGAGAAAGACAGAAGGAGCAAAGAAAAAAGUACGAGUCUGCAAUGGAGCGCAUGCAAAAGAGCAAGUUGUCCCAUUAUAAGAAAACAAUGGAGUCAAAGAAGUCGUAUGAACAGAAGUGCAAGGAGGCGGAUGAGGCCGAGCAGUCCUUUGAACGGAUAAGUGCUUCAGGCAACCAAAAGCAAACAGAAAAGAGUCAGAACAAAGCCAAGCAAUGCAGAGACGCAGCAAAUGAAGCAGAGAACGUGUACAAAGAGAACAUUGAGCAGCUGGAUAAGGUCAGGACAGAGUGGGAACAGGAACAUAUCAAAACCUGCGAGGUUUUCCAGCUCCAGGAGUGUGACCGCAUCACCAUCCUCCGCAACUCGCUGUGGGUUCACUGCAACCAGCUCUCCAUGCAGUGUGUGAAGGAUGACGAGCUGUAUGAAGAGGUUCGGGUAAGCUUGGAGAACUGCGUUGUAGAGUCAGACAUAGACUACUUCAUUAAGACUAAAAUGACAGGAACACAACCUCCAGAUGCAAUAGGAUAUGAGAACUACUACAGCAGAGAACCAAACAGAAGCAACUGCAGCCCAACCCAGUCUUGUGGGAUGAUGAAGAGAUUCUCCGGGCUACUGCAUGGAAGCAGCAAAAACAACACGGAAAGUGCCACUCCUUCAGCCCCUCCUCUUGCAGAGAAAACAGACUGCGUCUAUGCAUCCAUUUUUGUAAAUGAACAAGCUGGAAUCACAUCAUCACAGGACUACAGAGUACUUUAUGACUACACAGCCCAGAACACGGAUGAACUGGACAUCAGUGAAGGAGACAUUGUAGUUGUCAUUGAAGAAAACGAGGAUGGCUGGUGGACAGCAGAAAGGAAUGGGCAGCAAGGCUUUGUGCCAGGGUCUUAUCUUGAAAAGCUUUGA